UUUAUGGCAAAUCCACUAAAAAAUGCAAAAAAUGUUUUAGUUUUAAUUACGGGGGCAAGUCGAGGAAUUGGGUAUGAAUUGGCUUUGCAAUUUGGACAAAUAUUUGCUGGGACUCGUUUUCAAUUCUUUUUGUUGGCAAGAAGUAGAGGCGGGCUUGAAGAAGUUGCCGAAAAGAUUUGUAAAAUUAAAAACGCCUCUUCCGGAAAUGUCGAAAUAGUUGUAGCUGAUUUAUCCACCCCAGAAUGUUCUUCAGCCUUCGAAAACAUUCAACAAAAAAUAAAAGAAUUGGAAACUAAAAAUAAAUUUGAUUUAUGUUUAAUUAUUCACAAUGCUGGGACUGUCGGGGAUUUAACUAAAAAAUCAUCAGAAUUAAAUGAAAUAGAGCAAUGGCAAAAUUAUUUACAAACAAAUUUAUUAUCAACAAUUUUACUUAAUAAUUUAAUUUAUUCGGUUAUUUGUAAAGAAGAUAAGAAAAUAUUUAUAAUUAAUGUGACUUCUUUACUUUCUGUAAAACCUUAUCCUUCAUUUACUCAAUAUUCUGUUGGGAAGGCUGCUAGAGAGGCAUAUUUUCGAGCUUUUGCAAUAGAACAUCCAAAUUGUCGUGUUCUCAGCUAUUCUCCUGGUCCUGUUGAUACAACAAUGCAUAGUGAAGUUGCAGAAAAAACUUAUGAUGCUGGAGUAAGAGAAGUUUUUGGAAAGAAGAGACACGAUAGUAAUUUACAUAGAAAGCUUUUAACACCUACAGAAACUGUUCAACGCUUAAUUCAUUUAUUGGAGAAAAACAAUUUUGAGAAUGGAUCGAGGGUGGAUUAUUUUGAUAAAUAA